AUGGGCAAGUGCAAGGGUUGUGGGAAGUUAGGAAGAAUGGGGCCAACAAAUGGGUCUAUGAGUGCUUAUGAAUUUUCUUUGAUGUUGUCUCCUGUCGUUUCUUUUUGGGAUUGUAUAUUCCGCAAAAUGAGGUACUCCUACAGACCUGAGUGGAUGAUGAGAUCUAUGGAUAGCAUGGCAUGUAAUAAAGUGCAACAUGUCAGAAAGGCAAAAAAGAAGCAAGUGAAAGACGAGUUAGAUCGUCUUAAACAGGCUGAGAAGAAGAAGAGGCGCUUGGAAAAAGCUCUAGCUACAUCUGCUGCCAUCAUUUCUGAACUGGAGAAAAAGAAGCAGAAAAAGAAAGAGGAGCUACAGAGACUUGACGAAGAGGGUGCUGCAAUUGCUGAAGCAGUGGCUUUACAUGUUCUUCUCGGCGAAGAUUCAGACGAUACCUGUAAUGUUGUUAUAAAUGACAGUGGAUGCAAGACUUGGAAUUAUAGUCGCAAACUUGACCUCUUCAUGGGUGGAAGAAGAGCUUGUUUUCCUCAUCUAGAUGGGGGCACAUGGUCUGUUUCUUCUGAAAAUGGCAAGUGGUCCUUCUCAUGCGGGCCUCUUGAGAAGAAUGUGGAUGAACCCCUGUACGAAGAGGUGGGAUGGGGUUCUACUGGAUUCUCUGUUGAUCUCACAGCAGCACAAGCUGUUAGAUCACUCCAGAUUGCAGAGGAUGCAAAUGAAGCAAGAAUUCUUUUCUAA